CAGCAGUGAAUGGCGGCGCUCGCUCUCCGCAGAGCAACUCGGAGCUUCUCAGUGAGGAACAUCUGCUACCCGAACCGGCGUUUUUAUGGUGUUUAAGCUCGUUUCAGCUCGUUUCUGUACGCGAAAAUGAGGUGAAAUGUAGCUGAUAGACGUCUCAACAUGACGAGGUUGAAAGUGAGCCGUGAGAGGUGUCGGUUCGCAGGAAUACUCCGUGUUUAUUCGGUGAAAUGAGAUGAAGCAGCCUGCUGGAUUGUCACUCUUGUGUUAGUCUAGUCUUUCCUUUUCCCUUUCAGCACAUUCUCCUGUAAAAGACUGAUUUUAUUUCUAUCUGGAUCAAAAGAUAAUCGAAUUAACCGACUGUGUCUGGCCGAAGAGAAAGAAGGAGAAAGAGGAGGAGGAGGCAGGAGGCAGGAUUUUUUCUUUCCAGCUGGGGAAUGAUAAUAUGUCAAGACGAAAACAGACCAACCCUUUCAAAGUGAAUUGUAGGUAUCACAGGGCCGUUUCACAUGACAGGCUUCUCUGGCCUACAGCACGCUUCAGAGAUGGAGGCGAAAGACGACUUUGCUGACAACUCUGCACGCCACGGCGCCGACUGCGGAGACCUGGACGAGCAGGACGGCACCACCGACGACAGCGACAGCGACUUGGACAAAGAGAACUCCUCCAGCUCCUCGGCUGAUGACAACAUGACGUGUCAUAAGGCGAGCCAGUGCUCCGUUCACGGUGGAGGCAUGAAGGAGGAGAGCGAGAGGGAGUCAGACCUGGGGGGUAAUUACACAUGUCCCAUCUGCACUCUGGAGUUCGGCAGCGCAGAUCAACUCAUUGCACACGUCUACCAGCACACAUCGACGGUGGGUAGCAGUAAGAGUUACGUGUGCCCGGUGUGUGGACGAGCUCUCAGCUCACCGGGCUCUCUCGGACGUCACCUCCUCAUUCACUCAGACGACCGACUCUCCAACUGUGCGGUGUGUGGAGCUCGCUUUACCGACACCAAGAACUUCAACAGGGAAAAGCUGAAUGACUUCCUCAGUGCCAGUGAUUUAGGGAGCAGCAGCGGAGAUCAGACCUGCUCUAUGGUCCAGGCCGUGUCCGUGUCUGAUGGUCACAUGUCCAUCCAAGGGGCCAAUCACAGAACCUCUCUAGGUUCAGGCUUCCCCCCGCUCCCGGGCAGCCUCUUGUCCUCCGGAUCUUCACUGCCCUCGUUCCCCGACACCCUCAACCCGCUCCCCGACUUGUUAAACCCCAUGCCCGUGUAUCCAGCAGGCGUGCUGCUGGUGUGUAACAGCUGUGCUGCGUAUCAGCAGCUGGCGGGCAGUCCGUCCUCGGAGAUGAGAAAGUGGGCAUCACGGCGCAGGAACGAACCGGCCGAGGCGCGGAUGCAGCGACUGGAACGCGAACGCGUGGCCAAGAAGAGCAAGCGCGAGCGCGAGACGCCCGAGGAGCGCGAGCUGAGACGGUUACGCGACCGCGAGGCUAAGCGCAUGCAGCGGCUGCAGGAGACGCAGGAACAGCGAGCGCGCCGGCUGCAGCGAGACCGCGAGGCCAUGCGCCUCAAACGCGCCACCGAGACGCCCGAAAGGAGACAAGCGCGGCUGGUGCGUGAACGAGAGGCUAAGCGGCUCAAGCGGCGACUCGAUAAGAUCGAACCAGCGUUGCGCGCGCAGAUCGAGCACGAUCCCGCCGCCGUGGCCGCGCUCACCGCCGACGUCAACCUCUUCCAGUUCCCCUUCCCCGUCCCCGUCUCCUCCAUGGACAACGGGCUGUUUAUGAAACUUCCCUAAUCCGACGGAAACGCAAAGACUAGCGGGCGCGUCAGAUUGCAUUGAGAUCAGAUUAUUCUAAGACUGCUUUGGACAGUCACAUGGUCACUGGCGAACGCUCUACAUCUAUUUAUAAGCAGGUGAUAUUCGUCCCGAGGUGAAAGUAGAAAUGCUGUUUGCGCCCUAUUUCUCGUUGCGGAACAUCAGAAGGAGCAGUCUUCUGCGGUUUUCACUCGCACAACUUAACAAUUGGCAUAACUUUAGCUAGCUGUUAGCUACUGAUUAUAUUUACUACAUCAAACCUAAUAAGUGAAAAUAAGGCUGGUAGUGAUGUCAUUGAUUAGCGCGACAAACGUAUAUUUCUGGUGUUUUAGGGUACAUACAGCUGUUCUGUUUUCACCUGAGCACGAAUAGACACUCCCGUUAUUUAUACACAACAGCAGGGUAAAGACUCUUUAACGACCCUGCCUUACGAACAAGCAUGUCUACAGAUCUAGUUUGCAUGUGGACCUACAGUGAGGAGGAAGAGAUGUGCAGCCACGCCCUCACACGCCCCGCCCUCUGAGUGGCCGGAGUUUACCUGUAGCUACGACUCCUCCUCCCUGCUGGAGCUCCAAUCCACAGAUUCAACUACCUCGUCUCAGGACUUCUCCGUGCUCGACGUCUUCUGUCUGGAAUGCAGGGACUCGACACACACAUGCGCACACACACACACACCGCAAUGCAGUGGUGUUGGUGCUAAGCUGCUUUCGUAAUGAUGUCGUCGUAUCGGUCAGAUGCCGUUGAUUUUUAUGCGUUUCUUUCUUCGUUCUAGAAAGUAAUCAUGAAUCAACCAAUAGGAGGCAGUUGUGGGCGGGGCUUCCGUCACACUGAUCGCAGCCGUAUCUAGCUACGACAAAAUGCUUAAAAUCGUCCUAAACAUUGCCUCUGAUGUUAUGCUCAAAUGUUGCAUUUGCUUAAAAAAUAAAAAUAAGCAAGUUAGCUCAGUUUACAGGACCGUUAUUACGCAGCACCCUCUAGUGUCAGGUUUUAGUAUUGUUACGUCUGGAUAUCGCUUCUUUUACCGUUUUAUACCACAGCGCUGUCGAAUUCUGGAUUGCGAUUUGCCAGGUGGUGUUGAUUAGUUUUCUGUAACAGUGUUACUAGCAGACAGUAGUGCAGGUUUAUCGUAACGUGCUCGUCUAACAAUUACGGAGCAAGGAGUCUGCAGCGUUAGCGCUCUGUACGAGUCAGAGAGUGAAGCCGAUGGUCGAAACGUCAUUGUGAAAGCAGCGUUCUGCACCGAUCCACACUCUUUUCUGCGUCCGUGUGCCCUUCUGAAAAGAGGAAAUAAUGCCACUCUCGCUCUCUAUGCUAAAAAUGUGGAAGUGGAGCGUUCCACGCCGAACUCCUCCGGCGCGUGGUAAACUUGAAACCUCCGUACCGAUCUACAGAACAUAACAGAAACACAACAAAACACGGGUUCCUUCUUGUCUCAGGGAUGUCGAGGGUGAACCGGUUUGUCCUCGCAGCCUGAGAGAGAAGAGGAAAGGAUAGAAGAGAAGAAGCGCUCUCUUCCUCUUCCUCCGCCUCCUCCCACAUCUCCUCUUCCUCGCUGCAGAACCGUCGCGAGAAACACUGCCUCGUCCUCGCCCCGCUCGUUCCAGCCGCACCGACCUGCUGCUUUCCUCCGGUUUUACACCUCAUCCACGCCGCCAAGGUUUCACUAACGUUUUUCUCUCGGCCAGCUCCGACUCUCCGUCUCCGUGGCGUGUUCGUGAACUCUCCGUAGCGCUGCUCUAGUCGAGUCUCUGUACACAUGAUGAAUGCUAACCGAAUGCUAAUGUUGCCUUUCACAUCACUGGAGAAACUUUUUUUUUUUUUUUUUUUAAUGUUAUGAUUUUAUAUCGAGACAGGCAUGAUGAGUUCUGUUUAAAAUGAUUACUAUUGUGUUAAAAAAAAAAAAACCAAACAAAAAAAAAAAAAAAAACAAUGCAUGAAAGAUGGAUGGAUGCGGAUCUGAGGCAGUGGGCAUGUUCGUACUUGACGGAUGAUCUUACUCUAAAUCGACACGUUAGGAAAUAGUUGAGUAGACAAAUACAUAUUUAUUAAAGCUGCUGUAAGCGAUGUUGGCUGCCGACGAAGGCCACACCUUUCCCCUUCGGGCCGGCGUUCAAUAUGGACGAAUAUAUAUUCGCCAUACGCACGACGUCGGUUGAAAAUAUGUCCGCCGACCCAGGGACAAAACGAUCCUUGAAAUUUUUAAAACAAAACCAAUUGAUUGUCGCCCCGCUUUAAAUUGGGCUGAACUAGCUGGCUGAUAUUGGCGUGAAAAGGAUAUGAAAUAAAGCUAGCCGGCUAGCGUUACACCGGGCCGUCGUCGCUGAAAUAGCUCAAAUACAAAGCUAGCUAAAAAGGUAUUACAGAUGCAGCUCAACCACGCCUGUACGUCUAGCUAGCUGAAAAAGAACCCCCCCCCCCCCGGUAGUUUUCUUUUGUUUGUAAGAGUGGACGACAGUUUUAUAUCGGGACGCCCGAUUCCGAACGCGACUUCGACGUCCGCUUCGAUUCCGAACCCCGCGCCGGUGUCACCUCUACCUUAGCGAUCGCCGUCGGGAUGUAAAUAGCCGAAGUGUUCUUAAAAGUCGAUUACAGCAGCUUUAGAUACUGUUUACACCGAUUGUAACCGAUCCAUAACUCCCGCGCGAUACCUCUCGAAAAACAGGGUCAAAUAAUAUAUUGUACUUUAGCGUAUACUAUAGAUUUUUUUUUCUUCCUUUCCUCCAUUCCGAUUCUUCAUUCCAGUUAUUGCUGAAGAAAAAAACAAACAGAACAACCCUGACACGCCAGUUGAGGUUUUACGAGAUUUUCUGUGGCGUUUUUUUUUGGUUUGUUUGUUGUUGUUGGUUCUGGAUCAAAGAUAAAAAGAGGUGUGACUAUCACUAUGCAACGAUUCUGUACUCCAGACCCUGUACAUCUUGACACUUUCUAUUGUUACUAUGCAGCCGAAAGGUGACGAGGUGAAAGGACACGGGAUUGCAUGCAGCGAAUCAACACACACACACACGAAGAAAGACUUGAACACCUCAUAUGAGGGUUUUAGCGUAAAACGUGAAAUCUGAACCGGCUCUCGUACUCCGAGAGGCAAAUUUGACGUAUAGAUUUUUCUUUGGACGGAGCUGAGGACCGCUCUACACUCUUAGGGGAAAAAAAAAAUCCUAGCCGUUCAAGCUUGGAACCCAUUUUGGUGAAAUACUCUUAGGGUUUGUUCUGCAUAACGAAAUGCUCCUCUAAAUCACGGGUUCCCAACUCUGGUCCUCCAGGAGAACCCCCUUGACCUGUGGUUCCCUGCUCGAACACACCCACUUCAACUCAGGAAUAGGUUGAAGCUGAUAAGUUGAAUCGAGCGUGUUCGGAGCAGGGACAACACUCAAACGUGCAGGACGGGGGGUUCUCCAGGACCUGUGCUUUAGAGGAACACCUGAAGGACCCUUAAGGUCUCAGCAUGUUUCACGUGGAAACGACGGUGGCCAGGCUUCCGAGGACAAUACGGUUUGAAAUUCUAAACAACUGUGAAAAAAAAAAUACAAAUACAUCAGGAAAAUGUCUGCUAAAGCUAGCCGACUAUCGCCGCCCCGCUUUAACGCCGGCGUACGCACGUUAUUUGACGUCUUUUUGUGCCAAUAUUAACUGUGUAUACUGGCUUGAAAAGUUCUCAAAUAAAGCGGUCGUCGCUGAAAUCGUGAGGAAAAAUAAAGCUAGCUACGAAAGUAUUACAGAGGUAGCUAAAUCACGACUAGACGUCUAGCUAGCCGAACAUCGUACAUCAUGGGACGACGAGGUUUUUAUAGUUUUUUGGACCACCAUUUUAUCCCGGACUUCGCUUCACUUCAGAUUUUUUUCAAAUUUCGCGACGCGCUUUUAGUUGUACUCAGGUUUCACGUACAUGAAUCGAAAAGGGCUUCGGCUGAACGCUCGUCGUGAUGACGACGUCACGUGACGCGUCUCGGCCCGAGUGCGGAAAAUCUGCGGUGAUUUUGAAAAACCGCAAGCUCCUGCGAACGUGUCAGAUGGCCAUUCCAAAAUGGCCGACUUUGAGGAGAUGCUUCCUCCUAUAGUUGUGGGAUAAUCGUCAUGACGUCGUAACAACGCCACCUGCAGCACGGGAGGACUUUUAGGACAGAGCAAAAACGGACCGGUUUAGUCUUUCGCACAAAACAAACCUCACGGGCGUCGUCUCCGCGUCACGUAUCCCGAAGCCUUUAACGUCUCAUCCCCGUAGAGUGUAGAACUACAAUCCUCCUGCUCUUACGUCGAUCUUGAUCCAAAAUCCGGAUGUAAUUCCUAUUCUGCUAUUAAACAGUCCACACUAUUUUCAAAAGACAGACCAGAGAUUUUUAUAAAACACACUGACAUUAAUGAGUCCUAAAGUUUGUGUGUGUGGGGCCAUGUUGAUAUUAUAUGCAUUGCGAAAGAAAUUAACACGUGCAUGCGUUUCGCUAUUCUCUACGCUUGUGUUCUAUUCUUUGCCUGCUUCCUUCUCUAGUUCUGUAUCAAGGGACCUCAUGACAAAUUAUUAUUAUUAUUAUUUUUUUUUUUUAAUGUAAAUUUUUUGGUUAGUCUUUCACGAGACACCCUUGACCACGUUUACACACGUCUACAAACGCCAAAACGACCUGACGCCACGUGUCAACUUGCAUGUCUAGUCGCCGCACGCUUUUUUUUCUACGACCUUACGAUUCAGUUACGGUGAAUCCUAACUCAUAAAUCCUCCGGUUUCACGACGCCCCCGUCUGACCGGACGAACACACCCUACGGCGAAGCUGCAAGCGGACACGUGAAACAGGACAGAAGUGAAAAAGAACAACACUGUAUUUGAUCUCAUCCCACUUGAGAACGCACCUUGCAGAAAGCCAUUUCUCUGUUACUGGAUUAACAGAUUAAACUGUCAGGAGGAAACUGGGAUCAAUAAACGUUGACCUGCCUACAAAACGUUGUGUGUUAGUGGUUGUGUAAAGACAGUGCAGAUUCUCACCGACAACGCUGCAACGACACUGCGCGGGCUCGUCUUCGACUCUGCUAAACGGAGUAAAGAAACGUUUCAAACAUAAACAGGAAAAACAUUAAACAGUGUUUAACUGAAACUGUAGCAAAUUAUAUGUG